UUGCUUGCAGUGCCAUCUGUGGGCUGCCUGUGAGAGUGAGGUGCCCCGAAUGUUGCUGGGGGUAGAGGGGUUUCAGCCUUCCCCUUCAGCCACUGCACAGCACAGGCUCAUCUCAGGGCUGGCCUGACAGCUCAAGGGUGCUGGGGAGUUCCCAGCAUCUGUAGAGCACUGCGUGGAGAUGCAGAGAUACUAAGCAGCACUUUCAAGGCCUCUGGAGAUUUUUUGGCUUCUGGAGAAGGAAAAGUUGGUAAGAGUCUCUCUCAAAGGAUGGCAGAAGUGUUGUGUAGGCAAGAGCAGCAGGCAGAUGAGGGCAGUUGCUUCUAAAACUAUUUAUUCUGCUGCUGGCAGGAGUGAUGGAGCAGUGCCCUCCUGUGGUGGCUGCCUGGCUGGCAGGGCUACACAGGCACCCUGGGAGCUGCAGCCUCCUGCUCCUUAUGCUCCUUCUCCCACAGGCCCUUGAGCCUGCGGUAGUACCCCUUGCAGCUGUAGCCCUCUUGGGAGCCGUGCUGGGUGUGGGUCUUGACUGACCACAGUGUUGGGAAGACACAGCAGCAUGGCAUGCACGGGUAGCUGUACUGGGGCACCGGCUGCCACUGGGAAGCAGUGAGGAUGCCCUGGACAGUGAUGCUGGCUCUGCCGCUGGCCAACCUGUCCCUCUCAGGGAGCUGGAGCUUGUCUGAGGAGCAGACAAUCUCCAAGAGGUCACUGGGCUCCUCAGUCUCCCAGGUGCUGGUGGCCAAGCUGGAGGGGCUGCCCAGGUGCUGCUGGGCAGCUCCUUUGGUGCCCAUGAAGUACCUGUAGGGUGAGAACCAGGGCCAGUAGAUGGUACAGGUGUGGGCAGGGAGCUCGCUGCCCAGCAGGGCUGUGGGGCUGCAGGCUGUAGAGAAAAGGGUCUGCAGUGAGUCGGAGGUCCCUGCAAGAGCCUGGCCCCCCACAGGGUAGGGAGCGGUGCUGGGGACCCUUUCUCUCUUUCUCCAUGGGUUGCAGAGGUGGCUGGCUCUGUUCUAGUACAUCCCCCCAGCAUGGAAGGUACCACCCUCCCACUAUGGGGUGCAGGGGUAGAGGUGGGCGUGGGAUGCUGACGGGCACCCAGGCAUUAGCACAGCACAGGGCUCACCCAGCAGUCCACUGGACCUGUCCCACAGAGAGCUGCACUGGCAUGGGGGCAGCAAUGGGGAAGCUGAGCUGGCACUCACGGGGGCAGCACCCACAGCUUUGGUGAUUCCUUCUGGUAAUAUAUGGGGGAGAGACCGGUGUAGCUCAGAAUUGGGGUGUGACUGCAGAACCCCCACAGGUCCCCAGAAAGCACCCAAUGCCAUGGGCAUUCCUGGUCCCCUUUUCCCACUGCACAGGAGGAUAUGCCCAGCUAAACCCCUCCACAGCCUGCCUGCCCGCAGGCCCUCACUGUGCCGCGGGAGGUUUAGCGGUGCCGUGGCCAUGCCCGGGGAGUGCAAAGUACAAGGGGAGCCUUCCCCACAGGCAGUGCCAGCUGCCUGCACCCUCUGCCUGGCCACAGCUGGCAGGUGACAGGCUGGCAGGGCCCCAGGGGCAUAAGGCCUCCAAGCUUCUUGUCCUAGUGCCAUGGGUCACAGCCCUGAUGGAAAUGGUGGGCAGGACAAAGCUCUCAAUCACACUCAAGUAGCCGGCAUGUGGCUCCUGUGCCAUGGUAUCCAUGUCAUCGUCAGCUGAUGUCAAAAAGGGCUGAUGUUGCAUGUGUGUACAGUGCACAGCAGGAUGCUCCUGGGCAGCGGGCACAGCCCCCGGGGUCUUUGGGGAUUUUGGCCAGUGCAAGGGAACAGCCAGCCUGGGCUGAGAGGGAGGCUUAGUGGGGUUAGCAGUGCAGAACCUAGGCUGUGGGGGCCCCCAGAGAACCCCUGCUGCUUCACAGGUGCCUGACUGAUAAGGGCCCCAUGUAAGUCCCAUCUCUGUGGGCAGCAUGGCAGAUCUGGGCAGAGGGUUGGCAUGGACCAGAGCAUGUUUGAGAAUGCCAGUGCCAGCACAGCACCCACCCUGCGGCCACAGCAUGUCCCCGCCACAGCAGGUGCCCCGCUGCAGCCCUCCCGACCCGCUGGCAGCCAGCACCUCCGCAACCUGAGCAAGGCUGUGGGGGCCAAGGUGAACGACCUCCUGCGCCGCAAGGAGCCGGCCGGCCUCCCCAGUGUCGGGGUGAUGGAGGUGAAUGCCAGCGCCGGGGCCAUGCUGGGUACAGGACAGCCAGCCAGCGAGGAUGGGGCUGUGGGGCUGGACACCUUCCCUCGGCUGGAACCCCCACCCCCUGUCGCCAAGAAGCGGACGCCACGUGCCCUGAAGACCCCGCAGGACAUGCUAAUUGCGCCGCACCCAGCAGGGACUAGCCCAAGGACCAGCACCGAGGAGCCUCCCGAGCUGCCUGCAGCCCUCCCCAACCCCACAGAGGAGUGGCCGAGGAUGAGGGACCCAUCCCCUCCAGAAUGCCCUGGGUUCCCCAGUAUGACCGGCACCCCAGAGCUGAGUGGGGACCAGCCCACCUCUGCCCUCCCUGUGCCUGACCUCAUCCAUAAGGGCAGCCUGGAGAGCCACUGGCGAGCAGGAGAGGUGACCACUGAGACCUCACCCUGCACAGAGAAGGCCUCCCGGAGACCAGCAUUGGAGCAUGAGCUGCCGGGGAGCACAGGGCUGACAGAGCCAUGUGCCCCUGGCCGGGAGGUGGAGGGGACCCAUCCCGACCUGCUGUCCUUCGAGUAGCAGCAGGGGAGCCAUGACGGGGCACCGUGGGGGCUGGCUCUCCCAAACAUGUCUCACUCUGCCACUUGUCAUUUUUGGGGUCAUUAUUUUGGAGUGGGGGGAGCCCCAGCGUGGCAGAAGCCAUUGCUUGCCCCAGCAUGGGGUGUGGGGAGCCAUGACACCCCAUUUCUCCCCAGAUUCCCAGGAGUGGCACAGCCUGUCCUGCCACAGCUUCUGCAGCUCCAUCCUUGGCCUGUUCACUCGUCAUUGCAAAGCUCCCAUCCUGUCUGCAGCCAGGGCCACGCUGAGCUGGGGACUGAGGGUGGUCUUACUCAGCAGCCUCGGUCCUUGUGUGGGGGUGUAAGAAUGCCAGCCUGCCCCCCCUGCCACUGCCAGCUCUGCUGGGGCAAGUGUCCCCCAUGAUUCCCCACGUCUGGGCUGGCUGUCCUGGCACGGAGCAUGUCCGAGUUUACAUUGUGUGCUUGCUGAGAUACCUUGUCCCGUGUGCCAGCGGGUUCACCCAGCACUGGGAUGGCAGACAUCCCCAAGGCCUUCUCUAGGUGUCAGCCCCUUGGUGUUAGUCCUCCCAGUGCCAUCUCUCUUUGCACCAGAGCCCCAGCCACAGAAGACCCACUCAUGGCGCAGGCUCUGGUGGGGCACAGGGCUGGAUGCCUGAGGCCACACAUUUGCUGGCCAGUGUGCUCUGGUGGGGAGUCGAGCUGCCUCUGAGAGACUUCCCUUCACCUUCUGCUUGUUUCCUGGUCUCGCACAAGCCACCAUGGACCAGACUGACCUGCCCAGGCAGGCAGCCCACUCCAUGAGUACCAGCGCCUCUGUUCUCCUUUAUUUCCUGGAAUGGUGGCGUUUUUGUGAGACCGGGAGACAAGCAGCCACGUGCUCCUCUGAUACUGCUCUAUGAUUGUUUCCCUAUGAAUUACAGGAGAGGUUAAGCAGCCUGUAGACCCUUGGGCCGGUGCAAGGAAGCAGCCACGAGAUGUCACUUUGCUUAGAGCUUUUAUGUGCAUCCUCACCACAAAGGUGGUUUUGAGAGGAAAGGCUCCAAAGACCAGUUUUGGGCUGGAGAAGGCAUGGGGCUCAUGGAUGGGGCACCUUUGUUCCCAGCUCCUCUUGGCCAGGCAGGGCAGUUGGGCUGGAGAAAUGUCUUCCACCACAUUGUGGACCUGCUGAUGGAAGGAGGCCGUGGGCCUGAGAGAUCCCUUUGCCCCUGUAGCAGCCACCAUGCCUCCUUACCCGUUGGCACGGCGGGUGCUGUAGCAGUACCAGGGCUUUGCUGUGCUUGGCCCCCGGGUGGCCCUGCUCAAGAGCGAAGGAGAUGCCAGAGCUGUGCGGAACCUGUGGUCAGCUGGCAGUCGGUGCUGAGAUAUAACACACCCUGUGUAAAAUGUGAUUAUACUGUGCAUGGCCGAUGCCACCCCACAAACAGAAAUCUAUAUGAGUAUGUAUAUGCGUAUGCUGCAUAGACCUAAACUGCAUUGUAUAUGUUGAUGGAAACUAGGGUUUAUAGCCCUUCUUUGAGGAACCAGCAUCUUCCAACCCUGCCGAUCACAAGGGAACCUCACUGCUGGUCCGGUCCCUAUAUUUAUGUUGUCUACAGUGUGUGUGUGUAGUUUGGGACAAAAGAUGCAGAUUGCACAAUAAACGUUUGAGUUUUUUUUUACCCACUGA